AAAGUUUGGCCCGUGCGUGGGGCCGGGGUGGAGGGCGGGACGGAGGGGCCGGGCCCAGGCGAAGCUCCAGUUGCUGCUGCAGCGGAGGCCCAGGCCGGGACUUGGACCGGACCGGGGCGUGCCGGACGCAGAGGAGCAGGAGGCGAGAUCCGCCGGAGCUUCGAGCCCCCGCCGCUCCGCCGCUCCGCCGCUGGGUGACCCCGCACCCAGGCGCCCUUCGGACCUGGUUCUUGAGGAGAUUGGUGGGGUCGCGGCGGCAGCGGUUGGGGGUGGGGAGAGGCGAGGCGAGGCGAGGGAAGGAGAGAGGUCAGCGAGUUUGAGGGAGGAUCGAGAGCGGAGCUGCCGUCAUGUCCGAGGACUCGAGCGCCCUGCCCUGGUCCAUCAACAGGGACGAUUACGAGCUGCAGGAGGUGAUCGGGAGUGGAGCAACAGCUGUGGUCCAAGCAGCAUAUUGUGCCCCUAAAAAGGAGAAAGUGGCAAUCAAACGGAUAAACCUUGAGAAAUGUCAAACUAGCAUGGAUGAGCUCCUGAAAGAAAUUCAAGCCAUGAGUCAGUGCCAUCAUCCUAAUAUUGUGUCUUACUACACGUCUUUUGUAGUAAAAGAUGAGCUGUGGCUAGUCAUGAAGCUGCUAAGUGGAGGCUCUGUUCUGGAUAUUAUUAAGCACAUUGUGGCGAAGGGGGAACACAAGAGUGGAGUGCUGGACGAACCUGCCAUUGCUACAAUCCUCAAAGAAGUGCUGGAAGGGCUGGAGUACCUGCAUAAGAACGGGCAGAUUCACAGAGAUGUGAAAGCUGGAAAUAUUCUUCUUGGAGAAGAUGGUUCAGUACAGAUUGCAGACUUUGGUGUUAGUGCUUUUUUAGCAACUGGUGGUGAUAUUACCAGAAAUAAAGUGAGAAAGACCUUUGUUGGAACCCCUUGCUGGAUGGCACCUGAAGUUAUGGAACAGGUCCGAGGGUAUGAUUUCAAAGCUGAUAUCUGGAGUUUCGGGAUCACAGCGAUUGAACUAGCCACAGGGGCUGCUCCUUAUCAUAAGUAUCCGCCAAUGAAGGUUUUGAUGCUGACACUGCAGAAUGAUCCUCCUUCUUUGGAAACUGGUGUUCAAGAUAAAGAAAUGCUGAAAAAAUAUGGAAAAUCAUUUAGAAAAAUGAUUUCAUUGUGCCUUCAAAAGGAUCCAGAAAAAAGACCAACAGCAGCAGAAUUGUUGAGGAACAAAUUUUUCCAAAAAGCAAAGAAUAAAGAAUUUCUUCAAGAAAAAUUAUUGCAGAAAGCACCAACCAUUUCCGAAAGAGCUAAAAAGGUUCGGAGAGUACCAGGUUCCAGUGGCCGUCUCCAUAAGACAGAAGAUGGUGGCUGGGAGUGGAGUGAUGAUGAGUUUGAUGAAGAAAGUGAGGAAGGGAAAGCAGCAAUUUCACAACUCAGGUCUCCUCGAGUGAAAGAAUUAUCAAGUUCUGAGCUGUUUCCAACAACGGAUCCCGUGGGCACUUUACUUCAAGUCCCAGAAGAGAUUUCUGCUCAUCUACCUCAGCCAGCUGGGCAGACGCCUGCACAGCCAACUCAAGUCUCUCUUCCACUCCCCGCAGAGCCAGCAAAAACAGCUCAGGCUCUGUCUUCAGGAGCAGGUUCACAAGAAACCAAGAUCCCCAUCAGCCUAGUACUAAGAUUAAGGAAUUCCAAAAAAGAACUAAAUGAUAUUCGAUUCGAAUUUACUCCUGGGAGAGAUACAGCGGAGGGCGUCUCUCAGGAACUCAUCUCUGCUGGCCUGGUCGAUGGAAGGGAUUUGGUCAUAGUGGCAGCUAAUUUACAGAAAAUUGUGGAAGAACCGCAGUCGAAUCGAUCUGUCACUUUCAAACUGGCAUCUGGUGUCGAAGGCUCGGAUAUUCCCGAUGAUGGUAAACUAAUAGGAUUUGCCCAGCUCAGCAUCAGCUAAAUCACAGCCCUGGACUAGGAGGCCUCAGAAGAUCCCACACAUACAUAUCUCUGUUACUUCUGUUGGCCUACACCCACUACUGCCAAAGAACCCAGCAGCAAACUUCCCAGCUAGGAGUGUUCGAG